UCUGUUUGUUGAGCUUCCGCUUCGCCGCAGCAACAACGAGCAGGAGUAGCUAAGUGAAGUAACGUUGACAUCUUUCUUCUAUCGGCUCGUGUAUCGUUGACCAGGCAGUCAUGUCUAGUCACGAAGCCGCCAACAUGAAGCUUCCACCCAUCCAGUCCACGGCCGGUGCCGUUCCGAUCCGGAACGAGAAAGGUGAACUCUCCAUGGAGAAAGUGAAGGUGAAGAGGUAUGUGUCCGGCAAGCGCCCAGACUACGCCCCCAUGGAGUCUUCAGACGAGGAAGACGAGGAGUUCAAGUUUGUGAAGAAGGCAGCGGAGGCGGAGCCCGAGGUGGAGCCGCAGGAGGAGGACGUCUCUGACCCGCGUCUCAAACGUCUGCUCAACCGCACCUCUGAGGACGUGGAGGAGAGGUUGGCGCGGCACAGGCAGAUCGUGGAGCCUGAAGUCGUGGUUGAGAGCAGCGAAGACUCCGACGAAGGCACGUGGCACCCUGAGCGCGAGGAGAGCAGCGAGGACGAAGAGGAGGAGGAAGAAGUGGACGACGAGGAAAUUGAGCGGAGACGAGCGAUGAUGCGUCAGCGAGCGCUGGAGCGGAAGAACGAGGAGAUGGAGGUCAUGGAGGUGGAGGAGGAGGGGAAGUCGGGGGAGGAGUCGGAGUCGGAAUCGGAGUACGAGGAAUACACGGACAGCGAGGACGAAGCAGAGCCGCGACUCAAACCCGUCUUCAUCCGCAAGAAGGACAGGAUCACCGUAGCAGAGCGCGAAGCCGAGGAGCAGAAGCAGAGGGAGCUGGAGGCCGAGGCCAAGAAGCAGGCGGAGGAGCGCCGCCGCUACACCCUGAAAAUCGUCGAGGAGGAGGCCAAGAAGGAGUUUGAGGAGAAUCGGCGCACGCUGGCCGCCCUGGAAGCCCUGGACACGGACGGAGAGAACGAGGAGGAGGAAUACGAAUCGUGGAAGGUCCGAGAGCUGAAGCGCAUCAAGAGGGACCGAGAAGCCCGAGAGACGAUGGAGAAGGAGAAGGCCGAAAUCGACAGAUUCCACAACCUGACGGAGGAGGAGCGCAGGGCGGAGCUCCGAAACAGCGGCAAACUGGUCACCAACAAAGCCCAGAAAGGCAAAUACAAGUUCCUGCAGAAGUACUACCACAGAGGAGCGUUCUUCAUGGAUGAAGAGGAGGACGUUUAUAAGAGAGACUUCAGCGCUCCGACUCUGGAGGACCACUUCAACAAAACCAUCUUACCCAAAGUCAUGCAGGUGAAAAACUUUGGCCGGUCAGGACGCACCAAGUACACCCACCUGGUGGACCAGGACACCACCUCCUUCGACUCGGCCUGGGCUCAGGAGAGCGCUCAGAACAACAAGUUCUUCAAGCAGAAGGCGGCGGGCGUGAGGGACGUGUUUGACCGGCCCACGGUGAAGAAGAGGAAGACCUAAGGUGACCUUCACAACGUUCCUACCGUGUGGGUCUGAAGGUCCAGGAGCAGCACAUGAACUGGUUCUACUGCUGUGUUCUGCCAGGAUUAAUCCAUCUAUAAAUAUAAAGCAGCAGCUGGACAUGUGGGAGGAGGAGCAGCCUGAGCUGUGAUUUUUGUAAAUAACCUGAUAGUCAUGUUUGGUUUGUGGGAUUUUUCCCACUGCUUUUGUUUCCCUGUUGUAAUUGUUUGAAUUAAAGACGCUCGUUUUUA